AGAAAACCCGACCGAGAAUGUGACAGAAGGGAGAUAGGAGGGAGAGAGAUAGACAGACGGAGGGGUUGCCGCCUGUUUGGAUCCUUAUUGCCGUAUAUUUGAACUAGCAGUAAAUUACGACAGAUCUGCAAGAAUGCUCAUUAAAGAAUUUCGAGUGAUCCUGCCCAUUUCGGUGGAGGAGUACCAAGUGGGGCAGCUGUACUCUGUGGCAGAGGCCAGUAAGAAUGAGACGGGGGGUGGAGAGGGGGUGGAGGUGCUGAAGAACGAACCCUAUGAGAAAGAUGGGGAGAGGGGCCAGUAUACACACAAGAUCUAUCACCUGCAGAGCAAAGUGCCGACCUUCGUGCGCAUGCUGGCGCCUGCAUCAGCCCUCAACAUCCACGAGAAGGCCUGGAAUGCCUACCCUUACUGUCGCACCGUAAUCACCAAUGAGUACAUGAAGGACAACUUCCUGAUCAAGAUAGAGACGUGGCACAAACCUGACAUGGGCCAUCAGGAGAACGUGCACGGUCUGGACCCUGACACUUGGAAGAAGGUGGAUGUGGUCUACAUUGACAUUGGAGACAGAAGCCAGGUGGAAACAAAGGACUACAAGCCAGAGGAGGACCCCUCCAAGUUUAAGUCUGUAAAGACUGGCCGAGGGCCCCUGGGCCCUGACUGGAAGAAAGACCUUCCUAAGAAGACAGAUUGCCCACACAUGUGUGCCUAUAAGCUGGUCACUGUCAAGUUUAAAUGGUGGGGCUUACAGAACAAAGUGGAGAACUUCAUUCAGAAGCAAGAGAAGCGCUUGUUCACCAAUUUCCACCGGCAACUGUUCUGUUGGAUUGAUAAGUGGAUUGAAUUGACAAUGGAAGACAUUCGACGCAUGGAGGAGGAAACUAGGAAGGAACUAGAUGAGAUGCGGGUGAAGGAUCCGGUGAAAGGAAUGGUGGCCUUGGAAGACUGAGGCUGUCCCCUUGUGACUUACCCUAAACACCAGCGGCAUUGCCUCAACCACUUUUAUUGGCACACCAUCUCUGUGAACUUGGUCCCCCCUCUCCCUCUCCUGUGUGGUACAGUCCUCUGUGAGCUGCCUGUCUCCUCUCCUCUCAGCUCAGUGGGUGGAGCCAGGGGUGGGGGGACCACCGACAUGGCAAGAGCAAGUGCAAAAUAACAUACUAAAUAUGGACUAUCACCUGUAAUAACUCCUAUAUAUUAUCCAAGAUGUCAGUUGUUUUAAAAAGAAUAGGUUGGCGGAGUCUAAAAAUUAUUUUGUUUUCACUUAAUGGAAUAUAAAUAUGUAUAUGUAUGUUGAGAGACAAAUUAUUAUGGGAAAUUAAUAUCAGGGUUUUAAGAUUCUUUUCUGUACGUUCCUGUGUGUUAUGGACCAAGCUGAAUCUUAUCAGUGUUUAAUUUGAAUCAUGUUGUGAUUUUUCCCCUUGUAGUUUCAUUUUUUGCUGUAAUACUAAUGUAGUCCCACACUCCCACACAAUUUUCGGAUUUGAGUUUGUAUUUUUUGUUGUUCAUUGUCUAUCGGAGAUAAGCUAAUAUCCCAUGUUUAACGGAAUGCCCUCUUUAUCUAACUUCUCUCUCCACUGCCCUGCCCUGCCCCCUUAAAUUUGCCCUCAGGGGUAACAAGGGGUAGAUACAAGUUUUUGGGCCAGGGAUAUGAUGUGUGCUCUGUCUUUUGGUGAAAGAGGUUAGAGAGUGGUCACAUCCCUGAUUUCGCUCUGUUUUUACAGGGUACUGUUUGCAGUAUUGUGAAAGACUUCUCUUCGGAUACAAGGAAACACUGUGUGUUGUGUUGUGCUGACCUGCACUCUAAUGCUUACUACAGGGUCACUACUGUCCUGCUCUUAAUUUUAAAAAAGAAAUGUAUAUCUUGAUUGUAAUUUUUAUUUGGCUGUUUGUGUUUUUGAAUUUGUGUAAAGUUUUUGGAUUUUUAGUUUCCGUGUUUAGUCCUUUUUGUGAUGAACCGUUGCAGUCGUUCAGACUGCCUUACCGACUCCUCUUUCACUUUUUCACCUGUCUUUGUUGACCUCUCCUAAUUUAAUUUAAUUUUUAUUUAGCUACAACACAUGCAAUAAGUGUCUCUAUGAAUAUAACAUUCACAGUCCUAAAAGCUUUUUUCCCUCUGCAUUUAAAAACAUGUGGAAACGAUUCUCUCUCUUCAUGUGCGAUUCCCAGAUCCAUUUCUCCCCCUCACUCUCUUAGCCUUUUGGGAACAGAUAUGUAUCUCCCACUCACCUCUCCAGGGGCAGCUGACGUGAAUCUGUGAAAGAUUACAAGAAUAUCCUAUGCAGCAGGACCACAGAAAAUCCCAAAAUCAGUUGGCCUUAGUGCUACAGGUUUGCUCAACUUACCUUCUAUUACAAGACUCCAUAACGCAUUCUGAUUGUAUGAGAAAAUUAAGUUGAGGUUUCUUCUGACCAACUACCAUAUAGGGCCUAUAGUCUGAUAAUACUUAUGCUGUAUGGAGUAUAUUGACAGUUGAAACCAUUUAUGCUCCAACAGUUGUGACCACUGGGGCUGCAAAGUGGCCCUAAACGCCUUUAUACAACUCUGAAGUAUAAAGGAUUAUUUUAUUCCACCAUAAGCAAUAACUCGUCCUCUUAUCUUUGGAUCUCUUUGGUCUAAUAUAUAACCACAUAUAUUAAAAAUAUUGUGCAUAUGUAUUAAAUAGACCAGCAUGCUACACUAUCAAUCCAGAAAGGCUGGACUGAUGAAAACUUCACUCAGAGAUAUAUUUAUUUUCAGAACCGACUGCUUUUCUCAGUUUUUUAAACUGUCAGGCACUGAGCUCAGCGUGAAACUGUUCCCAUAUUGUAAUGGUGUAGAGUAGGGGAGUUUGGGUCUGGGUUCAUGGCUUGUUGUGUGCGCAUGCACGUGUGUUCAUGUGUGUGAGAGAGUGCAUGGAUUACCAGUUCUAUGGCUGUGGAUUUAUUGAAAAGACAGAGGUGAAUGGGUGUAUCUGUCAGUCGGUCAGUCUGUACACGUGUCCACAGUGGAAUGGUGGGAUGUUCACACCGCAAAUCCAAGAUUUCUGUCAUUAAUCCCCAUCCCUCCUCUUCCUCUCAGCUCUGCGCAAAUCCAUUAGCAAUACAAUACUGCGAUGUCCCCAAAAGCUUACAACCCCAAAUUGUCUCACAAUGUUGUAAAGAGUAGAAAGUCUAUUUAUGUAAUGAUAUGGAUCCUUUAUGAAAAAUCUAAUAAUGGAGAUGUAUGUACUGAAAUGUAUAUAGUCUAUAAAUAUAUGUAGAUGAACACAUAUAUAGGUAAAACUGUCCUGCCAAAUGAAGAGCACACCUGACACCCAAAAAUCCGCCAUUCACAAUUUUCUCACAGCCAUGUUCGGCAGGGACUUUGUGUGAAAUGAAUUCUGGGAAGGCUGUGUAGCUUUCAGCUUGCUACUCUCAAUCCAGAUAGGCUGGGCUGAUCCAAGCUUCACACAGAGAUAUAUUUCUUUCCAGAGCCGACUGCUUUUUCUUGCCGUUGAUCUUCACAAAUACUAAUUGGUCUUUCUACCAUUUACUGCUUCAUUUUGUCGAUUUUUCUGUUGAUUUCUGUCUUCUGCUGCUCCUCUCUUCCUCUUCCAACACAGUGAUGAUGAAGGAGGGAUGGAGGAUGACAGGCCAGAUGAAGAGAUAGGGCUCCACUGAUAGGUGUACCCAAUUAUACACAUGAUGCUUUUGGCUAUUGAUACUCUUUGAUAACUCAUGAAAGCAGGAAAAAAUAGUAUUAAGUUGCGAUGCUGCAAAUAAGACAUUUUAAUGUCUCUGAAGUAUUUUUAUUUCUGAUGUUAGCCUAUCCAAACAAGUUGUCACCUUUAGAACUCUCAUUGCAUUAGUUUAACAAGAGCUGUUGCACACUGAGAGCUAGAGGCAGAGCUUAUUUGGAGAGCAGGCUUUUGCCUUGCUGCAGCCCACACGUUAUGCAGGGCACCAAGUUCACUUGCGCUGGCUUCACCCUCACCCAGCCGUGAUGUCAGCCUCCCAGCAGGCACUCUGGCGAAUGUUUUUGGCAGGACAGUGCAUAAAUAUAUUUUUGUUCUGAAUGCCGUAGUUACGUCGUCUGACUCUGAACCAUUCUGAUCUCUCGUAUAAAAGGCAGCUCAACCCCCCCUCCAAACCACUUCCUCUGGAAGUGGGUGGGGAAAUCACAGAACGGAGGGGGAAUUGAUACGAUUUGAACACUGGAUCUACAGUAGGAAGGUGACAGGUGGAUAUGGUGCAUUCUGCACUGCCGGAACUUGUGGAGAAACGUGUGCCGUUCCAGGAAAACACUGUCAUUGUCAUGAGAAGUAUGGCACAUUCAGUAACAUGGAAAGAAUGGUUCAGAUGAUUCUAUAGAUGUUGUUGUUAGAUUCCCAUGCUUUCUAGCUAGGAUGAUGAAUUCCAUGAUUUUAGAAUUCCAAAUCAUUUUUAAAAAUUUUGUUCUUGUGUCAUCUGUUUUGUUUUUGUUUCUUUUACUGUGAAUUUGUGCCUUUUUGUCAUCUUAUCUUCCAAUAAAGUUAUAUUGGAGAUGUGAAAAAAUUAAGAAAAUAAAAACAAGUAAAGUCUGA